AUGAAAGGGACAGGUGCUCAGGCUGAAUUAGCGAGGAAAUGGUGUCCUCCCAACCUGAGACAUAGUUGCCUGAAUCCUUUACAGAAAGUUGACAUACACACUUUGAGGUUCAAGGGAGCCACUUUGGCCAACUCAGGUGCUAAAAAUUUUACUUUGGCUUGCUUUGAGGAGGAGCGGAAAGCCCUUCUUGAAUUCAAACGCAGCCUUGAUGAUCCUUUACCCCGACUUUCAUCGUGGAUAGGGGAAGACUGCUGCAAGUGGACGCGUGUACGCUGCAGCAACCAAACAGGCCAUGUUGUCAAGCUUGACCUUAGCUACCUCUGUGGUAAAGAAAGUGAUUAUGCAGCAACUGAUGCUCCCAUGUCGGCAUGUGUAGGUGGUGAGCUAUCUCCUUCUUUAGUUAAUCUAACACACUUGAACUACUUGAACUUGAGUGGCAACACUUUCCAUAGUAUUCCCAUCCCAAGUUUCAUAGGUUCACUCGAGAAGUUGAGGUACCUUGACCUCUCCCACUCGGGUUUUGUGGGAAUGGUCCCUCCUCAUCUCGGAAAUUUAUCGAAACUGCUCCAUCUUGAUCUCUCAACAUAUUCAGAUAUGUGGGUUUCAGAUUUAAAGUGGCUCUCUGGUCUCUCUUCUUUGCAAUACCUGGGCUUGAAAGGGUUGAACCUUAGCCAGGCCACAGAUCAUUGGGUUCAUGCUAUUAAUAUGCUUCCUUCACUCUUAGAAUUGCACUUUUCUUCUUGUAAACUUCAUAGCGGCCUCCCCGAGUCUCUUCCACAUCUAAAUUUGACGUUACUUUUGGUCGUUGACCUCUCAUUCAACAAAUUUCAAUCUUCAUUACCUCAAUGGCUAUUUAAUAUUAGUACCCUUGUGACGGCAGAUUUUUCUAAUUCUGGAUUUACUGGCUCCAUUCCUGAAGUCUCAUUGCUUAAGGACUUGGAAACUCUAAAUCUGCAACAAAACUCACUCUCUGGUCCAUUUCCAACAUCAAUAGGAAAUCUGUUACAUUUGCAGGCCCUGCACCUUUCAGAAAACCCAAUCUCUGGUUCAGUUCCUACAUCAAUAGGAAAUCUAUUACAGUUGAGGACCCUAUACCUUUCACAAAACUCAAUCUCUGGUCCACUUCCGGCAUCAAUAGGAAAUCUUUUCCAUUUGGAAACCUUGGACCUUUCACAAAACUCAAUCUCCGGUCCACUUCCAGCAUCAAUAGGAAAUCUUUUCCAUUUGAAAACCUUGGACCUCUCAAAAAACAAAAUCUCUGGUCCACUUCCUAUGUCAGUAGGAAAUCUGUCACAUUUGAAUAUCCUAGACCUUUCCUUCAACAUGAUGAAAGGCAGCAUUCCAAAGAGUAUUGGACAACUUACAGAAUUAACUAUCCUGAAUCUGUUGUCUAAUCAAUGGGAAGGCGUCAUAAGUGAAAGUCAUUUUCAGAACCUCACAAGAUUGGCUAACCUUCAAUUAUCAUCGAAGUCUCUGGUUUUCAACAUCAAUCAGGAGUGGAUUCCUUUCUUCAACGCAUCUUUCAUCACCAUCCGUGAUUGCCAAUUUGUAAGUCCUGCAUUUCCAGCAUGGCUUAGAAGCCAAUUCAUCGUUUAUAUAGUUCUCUCAAAUGUAGGUAUUUCAGAUACAAUACCUGAGUGGUUUUGGAGAAACUCCCCACACAUGAGUUGGUUGGAUCUCUCUAAUAACCAAUUAAGAGGAAAGCUUCCAUACUUGGAACGCUUUGGUGCAUACGUUAAUUUGGAAAACAACAACUUGGAGGGUUCCAUUCCACUUUGGCCAUAUGUAUCAUACCUGAAGUUGGGAAGCAAUAGAUUUUCAGGACCAAUUCCUUUGAACUUUGGCCAGGAGAUGUCAACACUGAGUAGCCUAGACCUUUCCAGGAAUAAUCUGAGUGGUAGCAUUCCCCAUUCACUAAUUAAACUGAAGAGAUUGGAUUCUAUUGAUCUCUCAAGGAAUUGUUUAUCUGGAAGUAUCCCUAGGGAUUGGAAUGGUUCGGAAGGAAUGUCGACCAUAGAUUUUUCCAAUAACAAUCUAUCUGGGCAAAUUCCACCAAGCUUGUGCUCUCAGCAACCUUCACUUUACUGGUUGAGAUUAAGUAAUAACAAUCUUUUUGGGGAGCUUGGACCGUCCUUGCAAAACUGUCAGAACUUGGCUACACUCGAUCUUGGAGGGAACAAGUUCUCUGGAGCCAUUCCACAGUGGAUUGGAGAAGACCUACGAUCCCUGCAAUUUUUACUUCUUGGAGAGAACAAGUUCACUGGAAGUAUACCUCAACAACUGUGCGCUCUCUCUCGUCUUCAUGUUUUAGAUCUAUCUCAUAAUGAUUUAUCAGGCUCUGUCCCAAGGUGUCUUGGUAAUUUGACACAACUGACAAAUUUAGGUAGAAUGCCUCAGCCAUUUCCCUCUCUUAGUAACACGCUGGAUAUGGAUCCAUGGCAUAUGGAUUUGGAUCCGAAAGGCGUACAAUAUGAAUAUACUAGUAUUCUACCUCUUGUAAACACCAUUGACCUGUCAAGCAAUAAUCUAUCCGGAGAAAUACCAGAAGAGAUGAGAAACCUCUCCAACUUGGGUAGCUUGAAUUUAUCUCGGAAUCUGUUGACAGGAAAGAUACCGGAGGAUAUUGGAAGCUUACAACGGUUACAAAUUCUUGACCUCUCCUGUAACCAUCUUCAUGGUCCAAUUCCUCUAAGCAUGACCGAUAUGACUUCACUGAGCAAAUUGAACUUGUCAUAUAACGACUUGUCUGGGCCAAUCCCAUCUGCUAACCAAUUCCAAACCUUCAAUGAUCCAACUUUAUUUGAAGGAAACUUGGGACUUUGUGGCACUCCAUUGCCAACUCAGUGCUCAUCAUCCCCUGAUGGGAAUCCAGAAGUUAAAGAAGAUGCAGGUGAAGAUGAAGAAGGGUCUGGAAAGAUAUGGUUCUAUGUAAACACUACGAUGGGAUUCAUUCUGGGAUUUUGGGCUGUUUUUGGCAGUUUAUAA